AUGUCAGAAUCGUCGUCUACUCUUCUCUUGCUCAUCGCAGUGAUAGUUCGAGUUAAUGAGAUACGAGAUGGGAAGCCAUCGCGAAAAAUGAGGUUCUGCAAUCUCGUGACCUGUGCCCCAGAUUUACCUUUAUUCCCAUUACCGAUGCCUUUAUUAUCAGGUUACGAUUCAAGUAGCGAUGAAGACGAUUUUAAAACAGAAUCUAGAAUACCGAAGUCGUCAACUGAUAAGACUGCACCACCUUCUUCCCUAAUAACGUAUGGUGGAAUAGCGACGCUUAUUUCCCCAGCACAAACUAAAAGGAAAAGACACCCAAAAAAAGAGAAGAAGCUUCGGCAAAAGCGAUUGAAAGAGACAAAUCCAGAAAGCUUGGAUUUCUUGGGUCCGUGGGCAAAAGCUGCAGACUCCAGUGACAAUGAGAAAUAUGUUGAGCCGGAAGAGCUUAGUGAUGACCAAGCGGAACCAAUACCUGCUGAUCACAAAGAGAGACACACCAAUGCAACGGAGUUAUUCGAGGACUUUGAGUAUAUGGAACCCGCAAAUGUUCUCAAGAAGGAUAUUGUUGAAUGGUUUCCACCAACAAAGGUCAAAGCUGUUCUAAAGGGCCAUCAAAGCGGAGUUACGAGCGUUCAAUUCUUUUCCUCAAUCAGGACAUUUACUUCUAUCAGCUGGAAAUUGAUGGCCGUAUCUAUCUUUGGGGACAUGUCACUGUACAAACUAUUGAGAGGCUUCUAUGGUCAUAAAUCAUGCAGUUUAAGUGUGUGA